AUGCCACAAAUUGAAAUUCCUAGUGAAUUACCAAUUAUUCUGCGUAAUUUUACAUUAAGUAUAUUACGCACAAAACCACCUGACAUUAUCGAUCACGCUGUCGAUUAUUUCACACAACUUCAACGACAACAAAAAUCACAACUUAUGACAGAUGACAAUAUGGUCACGACAGUUCCGUUUUCUUCUUCUUCCAUUAGACAUCAUGAAAAAACCUUAAAAACAUCAGCACACGAUGCUAAAUUAACAGAGAAUACUUCGACGAAUGAUAAUAAUAAAUCAAUAUUGGAACAAGAAAAUUCAAUGACAAAUCCAGCAAAUAUAUCAAUUAAUUGUUUUUCACCAGUAUCAUCAUCAAAUGAAAGUGAAUCAAAUGAAGAAGAUGAUGUUGCUACUUCCACUGAAGAUAAACGACGUCAUUAUGUAAAAAAAAAUGAAUAUCGUCGAGCAUCAGUUGCAGCUGAACGAUAUAAUCCAGAAGAUGAUGAUUCUGAUGAUGAAAAAUAUCAUGUUUAUCCAAAAACUACUGAACAAAGACAACGUUUAAAAGAUGCUGUUUGUCAUAAUUUAUUAUUUCGUACACUAGAAGCAAAACAAAUUGAUCAAAUUCUUGAUGCUAUGUGGGAAAAACAUGUUAACCAAGGAGAAUGUAUUAUUCGACAAGGUGAUGAUGGCGAUCAUUUUUAUGUUAUUGAUAAAGGUACUUAUGAAGUUUAUGUAUCACAUGUAGAAGAUUCUAAAGGUCAAGCAAUAAAAAUUGGUGAAUAUAAUCAAACAGGUUCAUUUGGUGAAUUAGCUCUAAUGUAUAAUCAACCACGUUCAGCAACAGUAAUUGCAACCAGUGAUGGUAUAUUAUGGGUAAUGGGCCGUCAAACUUUUCGCAAACUUGUCUUAAAACAUGCAUUUCGUAAACGACAAAUGUAUGAAAAUUUUUUACGAGAUCUUGAUAUAUUACAAUCAUUAACUGAUUAUGAACGAUCAAAUGUUGCUGAUGCAUUAAUACCAAUUGAUUAUUAUCAAAAUGAUAUUAUUAUAAAACAAGGUGAUAAAGGCGAUCGAAUGUUUUUUAUUGAAGAUGGACAGUGUGAUAUAUAUAGAAAUGAAAAAUUUCAUAAACGUUUAAAUGAAGGUGAUUAUUUUGGAGAACUUGCUUUACUUAAUCAUGAACCUCGAUCAGCAACUGUUAUUGCAGCUAGUUAUAAAGUUAAAUUAGCAUCAUUAGAAGUUCAAUCAUUUGAACGUUUAUUAGGACCGUGUAUGGAUUUAAUGCAUCGUAAUACGUCCAAAUAUAUUAAAUAA